GUGGUUCUCCUGGGGAUUGACAUCAUUUCCGCGCUAGUGUCCCGCUUGCAAGAUCGCUUCAAGGCCCAGAUUGGCACAGUGCUGCCAAGUUUACUUGAUAGGCUGGGAGACUCUAAGGACUCGGUGAGGGAGCAGGAUCAGACCUUGCUGCUAAAAAUCAUGGAACAAGCUGCUAACCCUCAGUACGUGUGGGACAGGAUGCUAGGAGGAUUCAAACACAAGAAUUUCCGGACAAGAGAAGGGAUUUGCCUCUGCCUUAUUGCAACACUCAAUGUAUCUGGAGCUCAGAGUUUAACACUGAGUAAGAUAGUGCCACAUAUAUGUAACUUACUUGGAGAUCCAAACAGCCAGGUUCGAGAUGCAGCAAUAAACAGCCUUGUGGAAAUUUACAGACAUGUUGGUGAACGUGUAAGGGCUGAUCUCAGUAAAAAAGGGUUACCCCAAUCUCGGUUGAAUGUUAUUUUUACAAAAUUCGAUGAGGUCCAGAAAUCUGGAAACAUGAUCCAGAGUUCAGGUGAUAAAAUUUUUGAUGAUGAAGACUCUGUGGAUGGGAACAGACCUUCCUCAGCUAGCUCCUCUACAUCUUCAAAGGCCCCUUCAAACUCGCGCAGAGUUGGGAUGGGGACUACCCGCAGACUUGGGUCUGCAGCUCUGGGCUCCAAGUCUUCAACAGCCAAAGAGGGAGCAGGUGCUGUGGAUGAAGAAGACUUCAUUAAGGCAUUUGAAGAUGUCCCAACGGUUCAGAUCUAUUCCAGCCGGGAUCUUGAGGAAUCGAUAAACAAAAUACGAGAGAUACUGUCAGAUGAUAAGCAUGACUGGGAACAGAGAGUUUCCGCGUUGAAAAAGAUCCGCUCCUUACUUUUGGCUGGAGCUGCAGAAUACGAUAACUUCUUCCAACACUUAAGACUUUUGGAUGGAGCAUUUAAAUUAUCUGCUAAAGACCUGCGGUCUCAAGUAGUGCGAGAGGCGUGUAUCACAUUGGGACAUUUGUCAUCAGUUCUAGGAAACAAGUUUGACCAUGGGGCAGAAGCCAUCAUGCCAACGAUUUUUAAUCUAAUUCCUAAUAGUGCCAAAGUCAUGGCCACUUCUGGUGUCGUAGCAGUUAGGUUGAUCAUUCGACAUACGCACAUCCCUCGAUUAAUACCCAUCAUAACCAGUAAUUGUACCUCCAAGUCUGUUGCAGUUAGAAGGCGCUGUUUUGAAUUUUUGGACUUGCUGUUGCAGGAGUGGCAAACGCACUCCCUAGAAAGACACAUAUCAGUGUUAGCUGAAACGAUAAAGAAGGGAAUUCACGAUGCAGAUUCUGAAGCCAGGAUAGAGGCAAGAAAAUGUUACUGGGGUUUCCACAGUCACUUCAGCAGAGAGGCAGAGCAUUUGUACCACACCUUGGAGUCUUCCUACCAGAAGGCCUUGCAGUCACAUUUGAAGAACUCUGACAGCAUCGUGUCCUUGCCCCAGUCGGAUCGCUCCUCCUCCAGCUCCCAGGAGAGUCUCAACCGUCCGUUGUCUGCCAAAAGAAGUCCUACUGGAAGUACAACAUCUAGAGCAUCUACAGUAAGUACAAAAUCUGUGUCAACACCAGGAUCUCUGCAGCGAUCCCGCAGUGACGUCGAUGUGAAUGCAGCAGCUAGUGCCAAGUCAAAAGUGACGUCUUCUGGAGCAUCCACCCCCUUCAGUUCUGCUGCAGCCUUGCCCCCAGGCUCAUACGCAUCACUAGAUGGUACUACCACUAAAACUGAGGGUCGGAUUCGUACAAGGAGACAGAGCUCUGGCAGUGCCACAAGCGUCACCUCAACACCUGCUGAUACCCGAGGCCGCAGCCGGGCUAAAGUAGUUUCCCAGUCCCAGCGAUCCAGAUCAGCUAAUCCUGCUGGUGCUGGUAGCCGGUCUAGUUCACCCGGUAAGCUGUUAGGAAGCGCCUAUGGUGGCCUGAGCGGUGGAACAUCCAGAGUCCAGCCAGUGCCAUCAUCUUCAGAGAAGCGCAGCAAGAUCCCUCGGAGUCAGGGAUGCAGCCGAGAAACAAGUCCCAACAGAAUAGGACUAGACCGGUUUGGACUCGGACAGCCAGGCAGGAUGCCUGCUUCUGUGAAUGCCAUGCGAGUCCUGAGCACAAGCACAGAUCUGGAGGCUGCUGUGGCCGAUGCACUGCUGUUAGGAGACUCCAGGAGCAAGAAAAAGCCAGUGAGAAGAAGAUAUGAACCCUAUGGGAUGUACUCCGAUGAUGAUGCUAACAGCGAUGCAUCAAGUGCUUGCUCGGAGCGCUCUUAUGGUUCCAGGAAUGGGGGCAUUCCACACUACCUGCGGCAGACUGAAGAUGUGGCUGAGGUCCUGAACCACUGUGCCAGCUCCAACUGGUCUGAAAGGAAAGAGGGACUCAUAGGUCUUCAGAACUUACUGAAAAGCCAGCGGACACUGAGCCGAGUCGAGUUGAAAAGGCUGUGUGAAAUAUUUACACGCAUGUUUGCAGACCCUCACAGCAAGAGAGUCUUCAGCAUGUUUCUGGAAACACUGGUUGAUUUCAUCAUCAUUCAUAAAGACGACUUGCAGGACUGGCUUUUUGUUCUCCUGACCCAGUUGCUGAAGAAAAUGGGAGCAGAUUUGCUGGGGUCUGUGCAGGCAAAAGUUCAAAAAGCUCUGGAUGUCACCAGGGAUUCUUUUCCAUUCGAUCAACAAUUUAACAUUUUGAUGAGGUUUAUUGUAGAUCAGACUCAAACACCAAACCUGAAGGUGAAAGUUGCUAUCCUGAAGUAUAUUGAGUCCUUGGCAAGACAGAUGGAUCCAACAGACUUUGUGAACUCCAGUGAGACAAGACUUGCUGUAUCUAGAAUUAUAACUUGGACAACAGAACCAAAGAGCUCAGAUGUGAGAAAGGUAAGCCAGGAUGAUGAAGUAUUUGCA